AAAAUAGGAUUCUGGACUUCAUAGUACUGAAGUAGCUUCAUUAGUAUAUUUGUUACUUGAGAUACAACUGAUAUCAAUGAAGGCAUCAUUCAUAGACAAAGACUGAAUAUCAGUAUUUCCUUCCAUUUUAAUAUUCUCCAAUAAAGAAUUUAAAAUAAGAAAAAAAUAUUGAAGUUUGUAUUCCUAUUGAGAAAUUUUAAGUAUUUCUCUAGCCUCUUUCCCUAAAAAAUUGCUGAAUUUCUGUCUAGAUUAUCAGUAUGUAUGUAUGUAUUUAUGUAUGUAUAUAUGUAUGAUACAUAUAUAUGUACUAUUUAGAAUGAAUAUUCAUAUUCAUUCAUAUUAUUUUAUUCAUCAAUACUACUUAAAAUGCCACCCUGAGCUUUCCAUAAGAGCAGAGCUUUUUUCCUUUCUUUUUUUUUUUUUUAAAUAAUUGUGUUAAUCACUACCAACAUUUUGAUAUAUCCCCAUCCUAUCACAUGAACAUUCAACAUAUAUUUAUUUCAGAUGGAAAUAAGAUAUCAGUGUAUUUCUUUAUGAAGAGAUUUUCUGAUGUCAGCUGGAAAUAUUUCAAACUAUGGUCAUGUUUUGCUAGAGUCCCAAUUUUAUAAUAUAUUUUAUUAUGAUUUUAUGUCUUUUAAGAACUGUUAACUAACUUAAUUUUAAUUUAAUAAAUUUUAUAAUAAAUUUUCAGACAAUGUUCAUUUUCCUAGCCAAAUAUUGUAAAUUGUUUGUGUGUGGUGGCUGAGUUAUUUUGGCAAUUUAUAUUUUCUGAUGACAAAUUGCAAUCACCUAUUUUAUGUAUUUCAUAUAAGUAAGUUUCUAUGUCUCCUUCCAAACUAUUCACCUGAAAUUUUGAUUCCCUUAGAAUGGAAAGGCUAACCAAAGUCCAGUGCUGACUUUCUUGUCUGAAAUUGAGAAUAAAUAUUUUUACAUAAGAAUAGGAGGUCUAUGCAGUCUUUGAAAAUGAUUUGAGAGAGGCUUGGGGGGGAAAAAAAGAAGAUAUUGCUGUUUGUAUGAGUUAUUUCCAAGUAAUACAGAAGCAAAAAAGAAAAAAAGAAAAAGAGGCUGCUUUAACACAUACUAGACAGUACUUGUAGACUUGAAAUGUCCAAAGAGCUUUCUGAAAACCCUUUUGGAAGCUUGGAAGUGCCUAAUUUAAUUUUCCUUUUCUUCUAGAUACCUCUUAAUAAAAUGGAUAACAUGUCAUCUCCUUCCAAUUUUCUGCUCCUUCAGUUCUCAGCAGUUUGGGAAUUACAGAUUCUACACUUUCUUCUGUUCCUGAUACUGUAUCUUGCAAUUGUAUUAGGGAAUCUCCUGAUUAUUUCUGCUGUUAUUUUUUAUCAUUACCUUCACACCCCCAUGUAUUUCUUCCUGAUGAACUUAGCCAUUCUGGAUCUUGGCUCUAUUUCUACUAUUAUUCCCAAAUCCAUGGGCAAUUCUCUCAUGAACUCUAGAAACAUUUCUUACUCUGAAUGUGUGGGUCAGGUUUUCUGUUUUAUAUCCUUUGUUGAAUCUGAUUUCUUUCUCCUCACAGUCAUGGCAUAUGAUCGUUAUGUUGCCAUUUGCCAUCCACUGCACUAUGGCAUAUUAAUGAAUAGGCAAGCUUGUGCACAGAUGGUGCUUUGUGUUUGGCUAAUGGGAAUUUUUAAUGGAGCAAUGCAUACUACAGGCACAUUUGCAGUCCCUUUUUGCUCCAAUGUUGUUAAUCAGUUCUACUGUGAAAUCCCACAGUUACUCAAGCUAUCUUGCUCUGAUUCAUACCAACCUGAAUUUACUAUUCUGGCAAUCAAUAUUAUGAUAGAAGGAGCUUGUUUUGUCUUCAUCAUCAUAACAUAUGUGCUGAUCUUUACAGCAGUACUAAAAAUCCCUUCUGUUCAUGGAAGACAAAAAGCCUUUGCUACCUGCCUUCCACACCUCACUGUAUUUUCUAUAUUUAUAUUCACUGGGUGGUUUGCCUACUUAAAACCACCUUCUAAUACUCCAUCUAGUUUGGAUUUGGCACUGACUAUGAUAUAUACCUUUGUUCCACCUCUGCUGAAUCCAGUGAUCUAUAGCAUGAGAAACAAAGAGCUCACAGUUGCCUUCACCAAAUUAUUUUUUUCAGCAUGUUCUUCUACAGAAACCUGUUUUAAUGUUUUCAUAUCACAAUGAGCUUUGCAUUGGCUUAAUCACUUUCAUAUAUUUCAGG